AUGCCCGUUUCCACAAAAACCGCGGGUCUUUUCUUGGCCUUUUCGGCCCUGGGCCGUUAUGCCGCUGCCCUAGACGUCAACAUCUGUGCCGACUACAACACGGCGUCUGGCAACACAAACACGUCAAAUCUUCAAAGUAACGGCCUUUGCUCCGACUUUUGCCGCGGCAGCUCCGUCUUUGCCAUCACCUCGCACGAGAACUGCUGGUGCUCCAACUACGCACCUGCCAAGGGCAAUACUCUGGAUACCAAAGAUUGCAAUUUUCCCUGUCUUGGCUACCCCUUCGAAUACUGUGGCGGCAAAGCAAACGACGUCUACGGUUAUCUGAGUCUCGGUCCACAGCCAUCUGGCACCAAGGGCUCCGCGGAUGGCAGCUCCUCCGCCACCUCGACCACGCCCUCUUCAUCCUCGUCGUCUUCCAAAUCCACGGAACCACACUCGAGCAGUAUUCUCUCAACCGUCACGGUCGGCGGUAAGGUGACGACUGUCAUUGUAGUGCCUACUGCUACUGGAGACACUAGUCAAGAGAACAAGGCCGUGCCUGCUGGCAGCUCAGGCCUCGGUGGUGGUGCUAUUGCUGGCAUUGUCGUGGGUGCCCUCGCUGGAAUUGCCCUCGUCGGCCUACUCAUCUGGUUCGUGCUGCGUCGCCGCAAGCAAAACGCCGAUGACGAGUUCAGGGACGAUCCUAGUGUGCGCGGCAGCUCUCGCGGCCGACUGGGCUCUCACCAACAUGAUUUGAGUAUAGCGGGCUCGGCUGCUUCUCCGGGCUCCGCCGGCAACCGUAGCAGCAUGUUGCAGGUGGACCCUCGCAUGGACCCGUUUAAGCAAGGCUUGUACAUGCGGAAUGGCAGCGUUGAGAGCAUUAAUACGCUACGAGACGACCACGAUUAUUCAAGACGCAUCCAGCAGCCCAAGGUUCUGAGAGCGAUGAACCCGGACCCCUGA